AUGGCGCCCCCUCGCUUUAUCGAGCUCCCCGCGGGUCUCAAGCCCGCCGGUGUCUCCGGCUCCGAGCUCCUCGCACACGAGCGCUCCAAGGCCUCGUUCGACUCGCGCGCCAUGGCCGAGUACAUCCACGGCAGGGACCACCUCGAGCUCCAGGAGCGCCUCGUCUCCAUCCUCAGCCAGGACCCCGUGUUUGACAAGACCUCCGACGCAUACUACGGCCGCGCUGACAAGUUCCGCCGCGCCAUGCUCAAGGACAAGCGCCUCGCCCAGCUCGCAGACGAGCACCAGUGGGGUCAGACCGAGAUCAACAUGGCCGAGAAGCUCGCAGACAUCCCCGGCCCCAUGGGCCUCCACAAGAGCAUGUUCCUCACCACCCUCUACAACCAGGGCAACGACGAGCAGCGCAAGGUCUUCUACGAGCCCGCAUCCAAGUAUCAGAUCAUCGGAUGCUACGCCCAGACCGAGCUCGGCCACGGCUCCAACGUGCAGGGCAUCGAGACCACCGCCACCUGGAUCCCCGAGUCGCAGGAGUGGGAGAUCCACAGCCCCACCCUCACCGCCUCCAAGUGGUGGAUCGGCGGCCUCGGCAGGACCGCAGACCACGCCGUCGUCAUGGCACAGCUCAUCACCAACGGAAAGAACUACGGCCCCCACCCCUUUGUCGUUCCCAUCCGCGACGUCAAGACGCGCGAGGUCCUCCCCGGCCGCACCAUCGGCGACAUCGGUCCCAAGGCCGGCUACAACACCACCGACAACGGCUUCAUGCUCUUUGAGCACGUCCGCGUCCCGCACCUCAACCUCCUCGCGCGCUUCUCCAAGGUGGAGCCAGAGACGGGCAAGUACCUCCCGCCUCCCAACGCCAAGCUCGCCUACGGCACGCUCACCUGGGUGCGCGCCAACAUUGUGCGCGAUGCCUCCACCGUGCUCAUGCGCGCCGUCACGGUCGCCAUCCGAUACUGCGCCGUCCGCAGGCAGUUUGCCGACCGCGAUGCGCCCAAGUUCGGCCAGGACGGAAAGCCGCUCGAGACGCAGGUGCUCGACUACACCAUGGUUCAGAUCCGUCUCUUCCCCAUCCUCGCACAGGCGUUUGCAUUCCACUACACCUCGCGCUUCAUGUUUGAGCUCUACGAGCAGAACCAGGCCAACAUUGAGUCGGGCGAUCUCUCGCUGCUCGCCGACACGCAUGCAUCCAGCUCGGGUCUCAAGUCGCUCACCACGCUCUAUGCCAGCGAUGCCAUCGAGGUGUGCCGCAAGGCGUGUGGUGGUCACGGCUACUCCAUGGCCUCGGGUCUGCCCGAGUUCUACGCAAACUACCUGCCCAACGCCACGUGGGAGGGUGACUCGUACAUGCUUUCGCAGCAGUGCACGCGCUACCUCUUCAAGACCAUGCGUGCCAUCAAGAGCGGUCGUGGCAAGGUGGACAAGAACAUCACCACCGACUACAUGCAGCGCUACCUCGACAACAAGCACGAGAAGGCCGCCAUUCAGUUCUCGGGCGAUCUGUACGACCCGCUCUUCUUCAUGCGUGCCUUUGGUCACCGUGCCGCCUAUCUGACCGAGCAGACGCUGGCGCUGCGCGACGAUGCCAAGCGCUCCUGGAACUCGCUCCUCGUCGAGCUGUACCGUUGCUCCAAGGCGCACUCGCAGUACCUGCUGGUGCGCAACUUUGGCAUGGCCAUCCUCAAGGACGAGAAGCUCAACUCGCAGCCGGCCCUGCGCCAGAUUGUCCAGAAGAUCUUCCUCCUCUGGGCAUGCCACACCAUGGAGCAGGAGUCGGCCGACUUCCUCGCCUCGGGCUACAUUGACGGCAAGCAGUUCCACCUCCUCGGUUCCAAGGUCCAGGAGAUCAUGGCCGAGCUCCGUCCCAACGCCGUGGCGCUUGUCGACGCUUUCGCCGUGCCCGACUAUCUCCUCAACUCGGCCCUCGGCCGUUCGGACGGCAACGUCUACGAGGCGCUCUUCGACUUCGCCCUCCGCGAGCCGCUCAACUCGGUCAGGUGGAACGUCGAUAUCAACGACUUGGAGACCACCGAUAUCGACUCGGACCUCCCCCGCUCCAAGCUCUGA